UAUUGUAGGAAAUAAAAAGGAUACUACAUAUUAGCUACAAAAACCAACAUACUAGAUUUAGAAUUAACUGCUUGAUGCUUACUACUAAAAACUGAUUAAUUAUAAUCACUAAACUCACAAGAGCUGGAACUUCAUUUCUUCAUAUCUAAUGCUAUUUUUGAAUCAAUAUAAAUAAUCUAAAAGAUCAAAUUUAGUUUUUGCAACUAUGGCUUGGAAGCAGUAGGAACCACAUCCAAAUCCAAAUGAAUUCACUUGAGAAUCUUGUAUCGUCGGUUUCCAAUUUACUAAUGUUGUGCAGAGUAUCGAAUGGGCUGUAAACCCUCUAGGCUCGGCGAUGUGUACAGCUUUGGAAUUCUUCUGCUGGAGAUGUUCACUGGAACAAGCCCCGUCGACGACAUGUUCAAAGAUGGACUGAGCCUUCGUGGAUAUGUUGGUGCUGCUGCUGCUUCUCCUGAACAUCUCAUGGACAUCAUGGACAGAAACCUGCACUCAGCUGAUAAUGAUAUAGCUUAUCGAGAAGAGUGUGUGCGAGAUUGCGUAGUUUCGGUGUUUGACUGCGGUCUCUCGUGCUCGAACGAAUACCUGCACUCAGCUGAUAAUGAUAUAGCUUAUCGAGAAGAGUGUGUGCGAGAUUGCGUAGUUUCGGUGUUUGACUGCGGUCUCUCGUGCCCGAACGAAUCGCCGUACGAACGAUGCGACAUGACGAAAGUCUCAAAGGAACUGAGUGCAGCAAGAGAGAGGCUUCUUAGCUAAAUGCAGUUUUGCUCUCUAUGCUACAGUUCUCACCGGAGGCAAAUGAAUAUAUGUUUGAACCAUAGUCAGUUAAUUCGGAUUCGGCAAAAAUUCGGUACGGGUAUAAUUCGGAUAA